CCUCCCCCCAUUCUGGCCACGGCCAAUAUACACACUCCUAUCCCGCCAGUGGAACUCCAUCUAAGGAACGACCACACUCCUAGUCUGCCUCCACAGACCAACAAGCACACAACUCAUCCGACAUGGCUGACCAACUAACAGAGGAGCAGAUCGCAGAGUUCAAGGAGGCUUUCUCCUUAUUCGACAAGGAUGGCGACGGCACCAUCACCACCAAAGAGCUCGGUACCGUCAUGAGGUCGCUGGGCCAGAACCCCACAGAGGCCGAGCUGCAGGACAUGAUCAACGAGGUGGACGCUGACGGUAAUGGAACCAUCGACUUCCCCGAGUUCCUGACCAUGAUGGCCAGAAAAAUGAAGGACACAGACAGCGAGGAGGAGAUCCGCGAGGCUUUCCGGGUAUUUGACAAGGACGGCAAUGGCUACAUCAGCGCCGCAGAGCUCCGUCACGUCAUGACAAACCUGGGCGAGAAGCUAACGGACGAGGAGGUGGACGAGAUGAUCAGAGAAGCAGACAUCGACGGAGACGGACAGGUCAACUACGAAGAGUUUGUACAGAUGAUGACUGCAAAGUGAAGCUUGCCCGCCCCGUCCUGUCCCCUCUUAGAAGAAACAAACAAAAAAAAAUCAAAAAAAAAAAAAAUCAAAUGUUUUACUUACCUCUUGGAGAAAAAAAAAUGUUCAUUUAUUCAUACUGUUUCUGUAUAGAAAAUAAUUGAAUGUUGAAAUAAAAUAUCCUUCUGUCCACACAGGAAAAAUAUACAAAAAAAAAAUACAUACAAAAAAUAUUCUGCAUGAAAAAUGAUGGUUAGUGAUCCUGUCCCCUCCCCCCGGAGAUCAGUUUAGCAUCAGUACUUAACAAGUAAAAAUAAUAAACAACAAAACCCUGUAACUACUACCUUCAGACUCAAGCAAAAGCAUCUGGCGAACUCCUUCCAGUUCCAUUUGCUAGUGGUAAAUGUCUGAGCUGGCCAUCUCUUCUUUCUCUCUGUUUUCUGUUCUUCAUGCAUGCAAGCUUGAGACCGGAGCACUAACCCCCUCCCCGCCCUCCCCCGUCCCUCCUCCGGGCUACCAGAGCGUGCUGAUUCCACUAUAAGCUGUCCUCUUGUUGGUUUGGUACAGUUUUUUUGUAUUUGGAGAGGAACCCUGUACUGUUAAAGAUGAGAGAAUAUAAUACCAGGUUCUAACUCAAGCGUUGAAGUGGAAUGGGACUUAAUUGUAUGCUAGAUAAAAAGAGUAAAAAAAAAAAAAACAA